CAUCAUGAGGGUUCUGUUAGUAUGUGGAUGAUUGGGUGUUGAGUCUGCAUAGGAUGCACUGUUGUCAGGGAGAAGUGCAAGUCACCUUCACGCGGUUGGCCCAGAAGCCCAUAUCUAACACAGACGAUCACAGAACUACACCAACCACGGACGGCGGUCCCGAAACAAGGUCCAUUAUGUCUUGUCACUAAAUCAACGGUCCAGCCGCGAAGAUAGAGCACAGACCAUUGUUUAUUGGCAUCGUUGGCGUGAAUGAGAAUUUGCAGAAUCGUCGAGGUGGAUGACAAAGCCGAUGAUGGGUUUAUCGCUCCGCUAAAUAGAUUUAAUGCGCCUCUGAAUGCAUUAACCCCGUCACUGGCGGGCGCACAAUCAGAACAGGAUAUCUCGGCGUGUCCUCUUCGGACCGGAGCGCCUGUGAGGUUUCGCUGAAGGCUUUGCAGCUCAGCCAUGGCUCUGGUGACUCUGCAGCGCUCCCCUACACCCAGCGCGGCAUCCUCAGCCAGCACCAACGCGGGGGAGGAUUUAGGCAGUGAUGAUGAUCGAAAAGCAAACCUAAGCCUGAGUGAAAGUUUCUUCAUGGUAAAAGGGGCAGCUCUGUUUUUACAGCAAGGGAGCAGUGCACAAGGGCCCAGAACACCCACCCAUCAUAAAAAUGCAGGUGAUCUACCACAGCACCUACAAGUAAUGAUAAACACCCUCCGUUCUGAGGAUAGAAUUAAAUUAGUUGUAAGGUUAGAAAGUGGAUGGACAGACCAUGUGCGCUACAUGGUGGUUGUCUACACAAACGGGCGUCAAGACACUGAAGAAAACAUACUGCUUGGGAUGGAUUUCACAGAUAAGGACAGUAAAAGUUGCUCUAUCGGGAUGACUCUUCCGCUUUGGAGUGAUACCAAGAUUCACUUGGAUGGAGAUGGAGGUUUCAGUGUAAGCACAGCAGGACGACUGCAUGUUUUUAAGCCAGUGUCAGUCCAGGCCAUGUGGUCCGCCCUCCAGAUGUUGCACAAAGCAUGUGAGGUGUCCCGUAGAUACAACUAUUUCCCUGGAGGGAUGGCCCUUACAUGGGUUGGCUAUUAUGAGAGCUGCAUCUCUUCAGAGCAAAGCUGUAUCAAUGAGUGGAAUGCCAUGACAGAUCUAGAGACCACCCGGCCUGACUCCCCAGUCAUGUUUUCUGAUCAGCCAACAGAGAGAGAGAGAACAGAAUGUAUGAUCAAAGCCAAACUCCGAAACAUAAUGAUGUUUCAGGACCUGGAAAAUAUUACUUCUAAGGAGAUCCGAAAUGAGCUGGAACAACAUAUGAGUUGCAACCUGAGGGAGUAUAAAGAGUUUAUUGACAAUGAGAUGCUGCUUAUCCUCGGCCAGAUGGACAAGGCUACGCUCAUAUUUGACCAUCUGUACCUGGGCUCAGAAUGGAAUGCAUCCAACUUGGAGGAGCUUCAAGACUCUGGGGUGGGGUAUAUACUCAAUGUCACAAGAGAGAUUGACAACUUUUUCCCAGGUACCUUUUGUUAUUGUAACGUCCGUGUUUAUGAUGAUGAGACUACAGAUCUGCUGGCGCAUUGGAACGAAACCUACAACUUCAUAGUUAGAGCCAAGAAAAACAACUCUAAAUGCCUAGUACAUUGCAAGAUGGGAGUGAGUCGCUCAGCAUCCACCGUCAUUGCUUAUGCUAUGAAGGAGUAUGGAUGGUCACUUGAAAAGGCGCACAGUUUUGUUAAACAGAAAAGGAAUAUAGCACAACCCAAUCCAGCUUUUAUGAAACAACUGGCUGAGUACGAGGGGAUUUUAGAUGCCAGCAAGCAGAGACACAACAAACUCUGGCAACCAGAUGGUGAUGAGUAUUCACUGGAGGGCCUUCAGGCUUCAGCUGCCAGUGAUGACCAGACUCCACAAAUUUCGUCGCUACACCCUGAUCAGGUGGAGAUGGCUUGGGGCCACGGAGGAGCAAGUGCUUCCUCCUGCUGCGGAGAAGAGCCAACAGACCAUCUAAAUUAUAACUACUACUUCCGGCGACUCUCAGACACCGCUCUGGACAGUGAACCCUCCACGCCAGUUCGAGGUCCUCCGCUUUUAGGCAUGGAACGAGUCUUUAUUGAGAUUGAGGACGUGGAGAGGGAUGCGUUGUUGGACGAUGAGGGUUUCCCCAUGGCUCACUUGGCCCUUCCUGGGGAGGGGACAGCAGCCCAGACCUGCGGCCGACUGGAGCCCUUGGAGGACAUGCGCAUGCGGCUGGAGUUCAGCACGGUGGAGGAGGAGGAUGAGGAGGAAGCACAAAAGGAGGAGGCAGAGAUGGCUGCCUUAGCUCGUGGUGAGGAGACGCAGAGGGAAGACGGGAGCCUGGCUAACUCGAACCGCUUUAACAACGAGAACGCCAACAACAGCAACAGGCUGGCCGGGAAACGCAGCUGCCCUUCUGGCUUUGACGACAGUGCUAGCAUUGGAAACCCCUACAAAGUGAAGCCCUCAUAUCAGUCGUGCCGAGACUGCCUGCGCCUGCCCAGCGGCCGCCGCUGCGAACGUCGCACCCAUCGCCUUAACCUGCCACGUCAUGCUGGCCUUCCCAGUCUCUCCAUCAAGGCCCCCGGAGGACACAAAUUCAGUCCCGCCUCCGACAAAAAGGUGCCUCCUCCUGCCCCUCGGCAUCACAUGAGCAGCGGGCACUGCCAGUGCAUUCGUUGCUCCAGUCGGUCCAACUCGGACACUUACCUCAAGCAACCAAGGUGCGAAGACCUUCCUCAGGAUUUGCGUUUUUCCUUGGAGACUGAGGACAAAAUGGAGGGGGAGGACGAGGGGAGCUUCAGCAGUUCUAUGACCGAGCUCACUCUCCUGAGGCUCAGUCUGGGUGGUGAGAGGCCUAUGGCGGAGCUCAGUCAGGGGGCCCAGCCGGAGACACAGCUGGUGCACCAUAGACUGGAGCAACUGUCCGGUCCUCAGUCAGAACAGAUGGACUUGAGUGUAGAGGACACUGCCACGGAGGACAUGGAAGUGGAUGAGGGGAGCGUUCACAACUUGCCCCCUGGCUCCAGUGAAUUCCAGCAAACACUUGCACCGGGCUCAUCCCUGACGCGCAGCUCCAGCAGCGACAGUCUUCAGAGAAUUCGGAGAGGCCAGUCGGGCUUGGUACGCCAGAGAGCUCAAGAGAUUGAGACCCGUGUUCGGCUCGCCGGACUGACCGUGUCCUCCCAACUUAAAAGGUCUAAUUCGCUGGCCAAGCUAGGUGACUUGGCCAUUUCCACAGAGGACCUCACGCUUUCUGCCACAGUCUCAAUUGACUAUGAGGAGCAAGAGCCUUCCCUUUGCUGGGAAACAUCUUGCUCUCCCAAGCUCUCUUUAACUCCGACUCUGUUGUAGAGUUUGAAAAGCUGACUCAACGAUGUCAGAACUGCUUUCUCAGUGAAUGGGACUGCUCCAGUCCCACAGCCAUCGAAAGCAACCGUGGAGGCUGAAGCUGCAAGACACCUCAUGAGAACAAUCAGGCCAGGCUUGGACGUCCUUCCAGCAGCCCUUUACAUAACUGCACUGCGUUCUUCAUGUGUCUGUCUGCUUUAACUAAGAUAUAUAUUAAAGCAUGCUCUGGCUUGGACAUUCAUUAACGGCUUUGUUGAUAUCGCAUUUCUUUGUCUUGCUAAAGGAAGCCCAACCUGUUACAGGUUUACUAUACGUGUGGCCCAUCUAUAGGUGGCAUAAUAAAGACCUGGUUAAAU